CUAAACCUAUGUAUCUCCAUGCAGGACACAAAGGAAGGAGACUUGUGACUUUGGAAAGCUGAGGUUUGUGGUAUUGAUAAAUCUCUCUUUGCAUUUGCAUGCUAGAAUGGCUUGUAGUGUUUGCUGAAGUGAAUGUGAAUUUGAGAUUACUUUGUGAACCUUGAAUGGACAAAGAUGUUGAUUUAUGCGGCUGCAUCGUAUAUGCUUAUCUCGAUGAUGGCAGUGGUUGUUGAGUCUAGGAAAAGGAAAAUGAGAGAACCUAUUACAUAUGAGCCAAUGGUUGAGAGGGAUAGGAUGAGAAUAGAGUAUCUAAAUAACAAGAUAUGGAAGAAUGACACGACAUGUAUAAACAUGCUUAGGCUUAGAAGAGCACCUUUCUUCCGAUUUUGUAAACUUUUGAGGGAUCGUCAAUUGCUUAAAGACACGAUUCAUAUGUGUGUCGAACAGCAAGUAGCCAUGUUUUUGAACACCGUUGGGCACAACCUUAGGAAUAGGUUAAUUGCCACUAAUUUUGAUAGGUCUGGUGAAACUGUUAGCCGUUAUUUCAAAAUAGUCCUUCAUGCCAUCGGUGAACUACGAAAUGAACUUAUUAGGAAGCCUUCACUUGAGACCCCAGCCAAAAUACAAGGAAAUUACAGGUGGGAUCCAUACUUUCAGGUAUGUGAUGGAGUGGCACUUGUAUUAAAAAAAUGUGAACAUGAAUCUGUACAGAUUCUAAUAAAUUUUGGCUUUUGUUUUACCAAAUAGGAUUGUGUUGGAGCUAUUGAUGGUACACAUGUGAGAGCUUCUGUUAGUAAGGCCAUGGAGCCUGCCUUUUGUGGUAGAAAGCCCUAUGCUAGUCAAAAUGUAAUGGCGGCAGUAGAUUUUGAUCUACGAUUCACAUAUGUGCUGGCUGGUUGGGAGGGGACAGCACAUGAUGCUCUAGUUUUAAGAGAUGCUUUAGAACGCCCAAAUGGGUUACGUGUCCCACAAGGAAAAUAUUAUCUAGUUGAUGCUGGGUAUGGAGCCAAGCCGGGAUUUAUGCCUCCUUUUCGUGGUGUGAGAUACCAUUUGAAUGAGUGGGGGAACAAUCUUGUGCAAAAUGAGAAGGAAUUGUUCAACCUUAGGCAUUCUUCACUUCGAGUGACAGUAGAGCGUGCAUUUGGUUCACUCAAGAGGAGAUUCAAAAUACUUGAUGAUGCUACUCCAUUCUUUCGCUUUCCUACUCAAGUGGACAUUGUUGUAGCUUGUUGCAUUAUCCAUAAUUGGGUUCUAGGUGAUGAGAUCGAUGAAUAUAUCAUACCCAAAGAUGAGCGGCCACCUAAUAUUAAUCAUGCUUCAUCUUAUACUGGCCAAGCUCAAGAGCAUGCUUACAUGGUUAAUUUUAGGCAGGGAAUAGUUGAUCAAAUGUGGCAAGCCCGACAGAACUACCUUGCCAAUAAUGUGUAAUAUUUGGUUGUGCCCCUAUUUGAUUGUGGACCUAUUUGUAUUUUGGACCUAUUUGUAUCAUUGUAAUGAUAUUUGCUAGAGUUUAUGUGCUGAAUUGAGUUCAAUUUUGUAAUGGUACUUGUUGUAUUUGUUUGACCUGCAUAACAUCGUAGGAAAUGGAUGGUGAAGGACCCAAAGGAAGUGGUCAAGUGGUGUGGACACCUCCAAUGUCUUUUCAUGCUUAAUCACUUAUUUAAUUUGGUGUCUAGUGGUGUGAGAACAUAUCAUGGUUUCAAGGCAGUGCACCUCAAUGCUUGUGCUAGGGCUUUGAAUGAUCAUUUCAAGCUCAAUCUGACCGGAGGUCAGGUUGGCAAUCAUAAUAGGACAUGGAAGAGGAAGUGGCAGAAAAUAGCAAAACUCAAGAAACUAAGAGCUGCAUUAUGGGAUGAACAGAACUGUAUGAUUGUUCUUGAUCAUGAGCAUUACACGGAUCAUAUUAAGGUAUGUAUAUUCUGGAAUUAGUUUUCUUUUGUCCAAAUACUUGCUGGAAUUAGUUUCUGGAAUUAUUUUGCAAUGCCUAGAAGUUGCUGGAAUUAGUUUGCUAUUGUGUGGAACUAAUCCAUGAUUUUACACUAGGAUCACAAAGGAGAUGAGCCAUAUCUCAACAAGACUCUUGAGCAUUACAAUGAGAUGGUUACAAUCUAUGGCAAUGGUAUGACUACUGGAGAUUAUGCAAAGGGGUCAAGUGAACCACUAGCCACUAAUUUUGUGGAUAUUGAAGAUGAUGAACCUACCAACAAUGGUAAUGCUACUCCACCUCCGAAUGAAGAAGUGACUCGUUCACACAAUGUUGGUGAGCCUCUAGGCCCUCAAAAAGGACCAGGACAACACAAUGUGAGGAAAAAGGCCUAGGAGCAACACUUGUUCAGGUUGGUGAAAGGCUAGCUAUUGCCAUAGAGAAGAAUGUGAGCAACGACAACACCUUGCCCGAGGGUCUUUGGGAGAACAUGAAGACACUUCCAACAUUUUGUAGGGAUUUUCUUGCUCAUUACUAUGCCUACUUGGUUGAACAUCCACGAAUUGCCAGGUCAUUCCACACCUUGGAGCAUGAUGAGAAGAUGGUUUGGGUUGCUAGGUAUGUUACAAAUAACAUUCCUUCUGACACUGAGGCUAACCCUCAACGAAGACAUGUGUAUCGGUUGCAUGGCAUAUUUUGUUGUUGACCCAAAACAAUGAACUUGGGAUAUUAUGACUUAUGCUUUUGUUGUGAACCAAUGGAUGUAUGCUUUUGUUGUGAACAAUGAACUUGCUGCUAUGUAAAAAAUUAUGACUUGUUGGAAUGAAUGAGGAAUACUACAUCUUGGUAUCUUGUAGCUUGUGGCCAGAAAUUUGUUGUUAUGACUUAUAACUUGCUGAAAUUAUGAUGUAAUGAGGUAAUCUCACCAUUUUGUUACAUGAAGGACACCACAACCUCAUAUCCAUCCCAUCCACUCAACCAAAUAGAAACUGGGCUCGCCCUAUCCAUUUCUCAUCCAUCUCACCAAACAAGAACCCGGCUCAUCCAACUUAUACAACCAAACAUUGAAACUGGAUAUCCCUAUCCAGUCCGUCCAUGGCUAUCCCUAUCCUCCUUUGCUUGCCCGGGAACCAAACGCAUCCUAGAGCUGGACUUUGAAUUGUCCGAAAAUUAGCCUGCCCUCGGGUAUGCCGAGGUCUACUCACGGGCGAGGUCGAAGAGGCCGGCGGCACAGGAGAAACCUAGGUGUCUAUUGCCUCUCCGUCUCCGGUGGGUGGUGGCAGAGUUGAUUAGGACGCGGGAGAAACUUUUUAGAACCUGCUGGAGAUGCUCUGUUUUGGAGCAUGAAUUGAGGUCUGCAAGGCCAACGUGGGCAAGGCUAAGAAAAAAGGCAGACUCGAGCCUAAAUAAACGAAAUGUGUGCAGCGUGUGUUUUUCUUAGCUAUUACUCACUCUAUUCCAAAAUACAUCUCAUAUAGAUUUGUGCGCUUGGAUCAAAGCAGCUUUCGUUUCUAGUGUUUGACCAUUCAUAUUGGGUUAAUAAUAAAUGGAUGUGAACAGUUAUUGGCCGGAGCGGGUACCAAGAGAAAAAUGAGAUGUAUUG